AUGGCCGUCGACGCCCGAUGGACCAUUCUUGCAACCGACUAUCCAGCGACAGUCCUUGACGCAAUGAAAAGUCCAGCGACACCCACGUCGCAACGACAGAUCCUGCACGAAUUCGAAUAUAGCUGGAGAUCGCAGACCGUAGCAGUUCGAAUGACGGACAUUCGUGACGAUUCAUCCGAUGAUCUCUCACGAGGGGCUGCAUUUGCCGAUUUCAUGGAUACGACAGAACCAAUGGUCGUCGAUUGGGACGGCGCUCACGAAGCGCACCCUGAGCCAAUGCAGGUCGACAACAUUGGCACCUUCGAAUGCGACGGCUCCAUGGACUGGAGUCCCCAAGAUUAUACGGCAGAUGAUGGUUGCACUGCAGCCAAAUCUAACAUCGACGCGGUGCUUGCCCCAUGCGCGGCCAUCAUGAACAUCGUCGGCCUUCCUUCACAUGAAUAUAGUCUAGCGGCAGAUGCAGCAAAGGAAGGAUUUGAGUCGUGGUGGUUUGAGCGGGCGAUGGCAGGCGUGACGCCAGAUGCUGCUGGUCAGACCAUGCUGUUGGGGAACACCUUGAUGGACCUGAUGACAGAGAAUAUGCUUCAGCUGGAUUUUGGAAUGGCGCAGAUGAACGACGACGCACCUGAGCCCAUGGACACCAGUUCUUGA